AUGAAGAAGUUCGGUUUCUCGAGGAAGUCCGACAAGGCUGCCGGUUCAGCAUCCGACAACCCCUACGCUCAGCAACCCCCCGCGCAGGACCCAUAUUCCAACGGAUCUCAGUCUAACAGUCAAAGCUCCAUGGGUCCUCGACCUACUCCGGGCGGCCUUCCCAGUGGGCCCCGCGGAGGUCUCCCCUCGGGACCACGAGCCGGCGGUGGAUUCGGCGGAUCUCCCGCACCGCGGCCUGCAGCUCCCCAGCAGUCUAAUAGCUACGGAAGCUCAGGAUACGGCUCAGGAUCCGGGUCUGAAAAGUACGGACCUGGCGGCGGAUACGGCGGACCUCCCGCCUCACGGCCUGCGGCGCCCCAACAGUCUAAUAGCUAUGGCGGCUCAGGAUACGGGUCUGAUAAGAACGGAUCCGGUGGCAGAUACGGCGGACCCCCCGCCCCACGACCUGCAGGUCCCCAGCAGUCUAAUAGCAAUGGAGGCCCAGGAUACGGAUCCGAUAGGUACGGAUCUGGUGGAGGAUAUGGCGGCAACCGAUACGAGAAUGGCAACGGGCAGAGCCCAUCGUAUGCGGGCUCUUCUUCCUCUUCCCGCCCCGGCGGCUACGGCGGAAUGGGGAAGAGUGAUUCCGACGGCUACGGCGGGCGUGGUAAUUCUUCUCAACAAGAUUCGCAAAUCAGUUCCGCAUCAUCGGGAGGGUCCACCAGUCGAUAUGGUGAUGGAAACCUGGCUCGAACAAAUAGCUCGUCCACGGAAGUCAACCGCAGCGACCUCUUCGGUGGUGCACAGAACCGCUACGCUCCCGAUCGAGGCAACGCUUACGCUUCAAAGUCAGAAGGGGCCCAGGGAGACCGGUACGGUAAUGGAAACUUGGCUCGAACUAACAGCUCAUCCACGGAAGUCAACCGUAGCGACCUCUUCGGCGGUGCGCAGAGCCGCUACGGUUCCGGUCAGGGUAGCACUUAUGGGGCAAGGCCAAAACCUGCCCAGGACGAUCGGUUUGGGCAAUCGGGGCAGUCUGCGGUGUCUGGCGUCGACUCUGGAGCGUAUGGUGGUUAUGGAGAACAGCGAGAGCUUACCGAAGAAGAGCUGGAGAACCAGGCUGUCCAAGACACUAUGAGCAAGACGAGUCAAACUCGAGAUGCCACCAUUCAAUCCCAGGACAGAUCCCUCCAGCUGGCGUAUCAGAGCAUCGAAGUCGCCCGAGGUACACUGGGCCUCAUAGGAACCCAAGGAGAGAGGCUGCAAAAUGCGGAACGCAACAUGGAUCUUGCAGACAAUUACAACGCUGUGGGUCUUGAUAAAGCAAAGGAGUUGCAGACCGUCAAUCGAAGCAUGUUCGCCGUGCACGUGGCGAACCCGUUUACGGCCAAGAAGCGUGCUGCGGCUCGAGACCAAGAGGUGAUGGAACGUCACCGUAUGGAAAAGGAACAGCGAGAGGAGACCAGGCGAAACCACUACCAGGAAGCCCGGUCAGUGGAGAAGUCGCUUAGGAAUAUGGACAUCAAUGAGCCGAAUAACACAUUCUACCCUCAAGUCCCAAGAGAGAGGAACAAGUAUCUCUUCCAGGAAGAAGGUGCUGAGGAGGAGGAGAAGGAGGAGAUCAUCCAUCAUAAGCUCAAUGAGCUCGGUGGUGCUCUAGGUACUCUGCAUUCAUUGGCGGUACAGACUGGUGAAGUUGUCGACCAGCAAAACCGGGUUAUUGACAGGAUUGCUGAAAAGACGGAUCGUGUCGAUUACGGUGUGAGGAGGAACAGAAACGAGCUGGACAAAAUCCGAUAG